AUAUGGAUUUAUUUUGUAUGUUCUAGAAUUCUAUGAAGAAGCACUUUCUCUUGUGUAUGAUCUAACAAGUAAAUCAAUAUCUCCUGCCAUGUGGAAAGUAUUUGAGCUAAUGUACCAGGUUUUCGAGAAGGAUGGUUUUGAAUAUUUCACAGACAUGAUGCCAGCAUUACACAACUAUGUGACAGUGGACACAGAGGCUUUCCUGUCCAACCAGAACCAUCUGCUGGCCAUGUUUAAUAUGUGCAAAGCUAUUCUUAACGGUGAUGCGGGAGAGGACCCGGAGAGUCAUGCUGCCAAGCUGUUGGAAGUUAUCAUACUGCAGUGCAAGGGAAGAAUCGAUCAGUGUAUCCCUUCGUUUGUGGAGCUUGUGCUGCAACGGCUAAUGCGAGAGGUGAAGACAUCAGAACUGCGCACCAUGUGUCUACAGGUGGUUAUCAGUGCUCUCUACUACAAUCCCCAAUUGCUAUUUGAGACCAUAGACAAGCUGGAUCUAUCUGUGCCUCCGUCUGAGUCCAUUGCAUCUCACUUCAUCAAGCAGUGGAUCCACGACACCGAUUGUUUCCUUGGGCUCCAUGACCGCAAAUUGUGUGUACUGGGGAUGUGUACACUUAUCAGUAUGUCACCACAGAGGCCUCUGGUGCUACAGGAGUGUGCUCCUCAGAUUGUCCCCUCUCUCAUCGUACUGUUCGAGGGUCUCAAGAGAGCUUAUGCAGAGAAGGCCCAGGAGCAAGAUGAAGAGGAUGAAGAUGAGGAAGAUGAAGAAGGAGAUGAAGAAGUUUUGUCCAGUGAUGAGGAUGAAUUAAAUGAAGGAGACGCAGAAUAUUUAGAAAAGUUACAAGAAAAGGUGAAGAAUAAGAAAGUGAUCAGUCCAUUCACAAUAAACUCCGUCACAAUUGAGGAUGAUGCAUCAGACGAAGACAGCGACGAGGACUAUGCACCCCCCGAGGAGACGGUCCUGGAAAGUUAUACAACACCUUUAGACGAGGAAAACUGUAUAGUAGAUGAAUAUGUUGCCUUCAAAGAAAUUUUACAAAGUCUUCAAGCGGCGGACCCAGUCUGGUACAAUGCACUUACAGCUCACCUGACUGCUGAACAGCAAAAGUCACUGCAGGACAUCAUGGUACUGGCAGACCAGAGGAAAGCAGCGGCCGAGAGCAAGAGGAUAGAACAGAGUGGAGGUUAUGCGUUUGUCCAACACACGAUACCCACUUCGUUCAACUUUGGCGGGACCCCUCUGGGUCGGUAGAGUUUGUAAAACUCUCGGCUCUCAGAGUUUCAAGUAGGUUUUUAUAAAAUUGACUGUAUAAAUUGAAAUUAUCUAAGUGCUGUUUACCACUGGACUUUGUAACUACAAUUUUCGUUGUAAACAUGAAAUGUGCUGUGAGCGACCGCUUUUCGCAAUAAAUAUACAUUUUAUUUGACAAAUAUUUUUGUGUAUAUUGGAAUUGAUUUAAUCAUUUUAGGCCUACUUGUCUAUUGCAGUUAUUUUGUAUACAGUUUGCCUUCAAUUCAAUAGACUUAUUGGUCUCAACAGUACAAGAUUCUGUGGCAGUAUCAAAUUGGUUACUUGUAUACAUUGAGUAUCCAUUGAAAUGAUUCCAUACACAACUAUCCUGCAGACCUUAACAAUUAUGUAUGAAUAUGUUACAAUCAUAUAACAGUUGUCUAACUAUUUAUAAUGAAGUAUUGUAAACUAAAAUUGUAUUAAUAACAAUUUUAAUUUUUUUCUAUAGCUGUCAAUUUUGUUUAAAUAUUUUGAAAUUAUAUCUUUCUUAAAAGCACCCAUAAAAAAUCAAAUCAAAUUUCAGUGAAAAUAAAAAUUUCAUAAGUUAUUACAGGGGUUUACUGCAUAUAAGUGCCUUGAAUUGUUGAGACUGUUCUGUGCUUUUUAUCCCUUCUUAUGUUGUAUUCUGAUUAGUUGUACUUUUAGCAUAUUAUUUAUAAAUCUGCUUUUUGUUGUAGAUAAUUUUCUUAUGAGCGUUAUUAUGUAAUAUGGUAUAUGUUUUCCAGGUGACAAUUUUAUUGGUUAAUAGUGAUUGCAGGAUUUUUGUUGUUUUAUUCUAAGUGUUAGUGAAAACUAGUUAAAUGGAGUUCCUGAAGGUAUUUUUUUUUUUUUAUCUUUCGUUAUUUAUUCAUCUUUUCUUAUUAUUGUAACUGCUUUGAGAGCUGAAUCGCUUCAAUUCUUCUCUUCAAAGAACUGUUUUAAAAACAAAACUUUUUAUAGCACAUUGUAGUAAAGAUGAUUUACUCAUUUAGUUGAAUGACAAAUUGUUUGUUACGUGCAUAAAUAAAUAUAUUUAAAAAAAUAAACCCUAAACAACAAGAUAAACUAGGAAUAUUAUUUUGUAACAGUUAUUUGUAUAUUUCUCUUUAGAGUUAUGCUAUCGAAACCAUUUUGUUGUAAUUAUUUGAUUUUAAUUGAAUAUUUAAUUUUUAUGUAAUACUAAAAAGAUAUAUGUCUAGAAAAGUAAUUUAAAUUAUUUACACUUUCAUUUAAACAUUAUCUUCCAUUUUUUUCUGUAAUAAGAACAAUUUCAAUCCAACACAUCACUAAAAGAGCUUUGGUGUUUUCUUUCUUAUUACAUAAGUAAAUUAAGCAAUUUAUUUGUGAUAAGUUUUUAUCAACACAUGUUUUAAUUUGAAGUUGUUACUACUUUGACUUUAUUAAUUUUACUGAUUUUAUGUAUUACAGUAGUGUUGGUACAGACAACUUGUUUUUGUUAAUGUUGAUUUUAACUAUUGUUACUUGGUCAAUCACUGCAUGAAUGAAAUGUCAGGAAAAUAAAACUGUGGAUUACUAAACAUAGCUUAUCUUCUGUUGGAUGGUACAGAUCUGUGAUAAAAGAUGGAUAUUUCUGUUUAUAAUUAUGAAUAGAACUUUUGUUGUAUAGUUAUUCAUUGCCUUAAUAAAACAGUUUAUUCUAAUACUUUCGCUGGUCACUAUUGUAACAUAUAAAGAUGGGAAAUGUCCAUAAUCCUGUUAAUAAACAUAUUAAAUGGUUAAGCAAAUUAUAUCUCAAUUAUUAUUUUUAUUUUAGGAUAAUUACAUUUAGACAAAACUGUUAUUUGAAAUUUUGUAUAAAAAUGUAAAGCCCGAAUUAAAGUAAUUUGGUUAUAACAUACUGUUCAUUUUACUAAAUUUUCAGCAAUCACAAUUAUGCUGUUGAAAACAAUCAAUCAACUCAGUAAGUUUAAAUAUAGUCUAAUUAUAUAGAGGAAAAGGUUCAAAUAAUUGAUAAAUUUAUCUUAACUUCCAUAAAAUUAAUUUUUGUUAUCAAUUAUCUCAAGUAAUUGAUUUGAAAUUUUUUCUGAAAUGAACCUUAUUAUUUCACAAAUAAAAUUGUGAGUAACAUAAUAUGUAUUUUAUAAAAUACUUAUUUUUGUUAUAUAAAGUACAGUAACUGUUUUGUAUGGAUUAAUCGAGAGCUGUUAUAAUAUAAAAAGUAUUGUUGGAAGCACCAAAUUUUAAUUGGGUUUUUCAAACUAAAAUAAUUGAGGAAAGAAUUUAUAAUAGCUCCUGGCUUAUAUUGGGAUUUAUUUUCUUAAUUAUUGUUAAAAUUAAUAAGUUGGGUCAAGUGGACUUUAGUUUUAUUUAUAUAAAACAGUAAAAUUUGCAUAUAUUUUAGACUUAAAUUUUCGAAUUUCAGAAACAGUGAGUAAAAAAUGUUUAUAUUAGUAUUCAACAUCAAUAAGUUACACUUUUUUGACUUUAUGCCAAUUGCAGAGUUGUGUGUACAAAAAAAUCUUUAAACCUUGUCCUUUAUUUUUUAGACCACUGGUUACUUUUAGUAAUUUUAAAAUAUGAGGGUUAUUUAAUAAGUAACAAGACAAAUUACUACUGCUUAAAAACUGUUUAUUCAAUUAGUACAAAACUUUGGUUACUUUUCAACAUAGUUCCCAGCAACACAUACUUUUUUCCAUGUCUUUCUGCAAAUUUGUAAAUGCCCUUGGCAUAAAAUUUUUUGGGGUGAUCUCAAAACCAAUUCAGCUCCUGAUUUUUCACCUCUUCAUUGGAUUGAACAUGUUUCCCUCGUAGAUGUUCUUUAAGGGAUCCAAACAGAUAGAGGUCUGCUGGGAGGUGAGGUCAGGCCUGAAGGAUGUGGAAGGGUGUUCCACCUCAGUUUCUAAAGUGUUUCUUUCGUCAGCUGUGCCUAAUGAGGACAGAUGUCAUGAAGUAAAAUCAAGCCUUCAGUCAAAAGCCCACGACAUUUUGUUCGAAUUACAGGACUUAUCUUGUUUUCUAGCAUGUCACUGUAGUACUGGCUGUUGAUUGCUCGUUGGCCUUCAAGAAAAUCAAAAUAAAUUGGCCCUUGAAAAUCCCAGUAUACUGAAAACAUAACAACCGGCAGAUAGCUGGGUCCUAAUGUUUUUGUGAGUGGAUAAAUCCUAUGUGUUGUUUUAACUCUAGGUCAUAGUAGUGGAUCCAUGUUCAUCACACGUUACUAUUAUUUUCAAAAAAUGUUCUCCUUCAAUCGAAUAUAAGUUUUCCCAACUGCUGAGUUUCUUUGUGAGCAUCUGUGAGUUGUUGGGGCACCAAUCUGGCACAGGUUACUUGUACUGCAGCUUGUUUUUAAUAAUUGUGUGGACAGCUCACCACCAUCAGUUAUUUUUAUACUCAUAAGGUCAACAGUGAUACUCCUAUUUUCCUGAAUUAACGUGUCAAUCCGAGAUUUGAGAUAGGACGUCCCAACUCCGAUCAGUUAUCCACUGUGUUGCUCAUCAGAAACUUUUGUACGGCCGCUUUGAAAUUGUUCUAUCCAUUUUAAAAUGUUUGAUCGAUUAAAAAAUUGUCUUUGUAUACUAUUUUGUGCAUCUUACAAUCUUCCUCACUUUUCGCAACUAAAAAUCUGAUCACAGCACGUUGCUCUUCCACGGUGCAAUUCUCGAGUGGACUCGUCAUUGUUAAGUUUGAAGCUAUGUUUACAAAAUGUGAUUAAACCGUGAUUAGAUGUCAUCGCAAGGAUGCCAACUUUAUGUUCUGAAAGUUUCAUAUGGGUCAAUUCAACUGUUUUUGAGCAGUAUUAAUUUGUCUUGUUACUUAUCGAAUAGCCCUUGUAUCAAUAGUACUCAAUUAAAUUGGAAAAUGUAAUGGCAGAAAGCUAACAUAGCCUAUAUAUAAUUAAAUCCUAUUAAAUACAAUUGAAAUAUAUAUCACAAACAUACAAACUAUCUAGAUGGUGGUGCACAAGGGAUUGUUUGUGUACAUGAUGCAUUAAUAUUAAUUAAUCAUAUUUCACUAAAUUGGAAAGAAUAUUAUUGUUAGAAAUAAUAAGGUACACAGAAUAUUUGUUAUCUUUCUUUUUUUAGUUUGAGUAAAACGAUCCCUGAUAUAAUAAUCCAAAUAUAAAAUGAAUAAAAAAAUCAGUAAGGCAAAUUUAAACUCUAAAUAAUUGUAACUUUUGGUUAAUUUACUGUCAGGUACUAAUAAGUCACUGUGCUAUGUUGCUAGCUCUUUCAUUUAUGUAAUAAUCCACCAUCACCAGUUCUGCUUGGCAAAAAAUCUCAGACUCUUAUUACCAAUCUUUUUUUUCUCUUCUAUCAACCUUUAUCACUUUAACUCUUGAAGAAGACUAAGAGUCUUUAUUCUCCUUCCGUGUAUCCACUUUAGUAAUUUGUGUUCUCACAUACUAUUCAUGUGCCCUAACUACUCUAGAUCCAUUCAGACAUUGGUUUGACCCCAACUCUUCUCUUAGAUUCUUGGUUCCUUAUUCUGCUUCCUUAAAUACUUUGUGUUAAAGGCGUGCAGCUUGCUCUUGUCUCUUUGUGCUAAAGACUAUUCUUAUCAUCUCAAUAGCACGUAUUUGUGUCUCAGUUUACUUCCUGAAAUCCAUAGUACUUCUGCCAGUAUCUGUAGAGUUAUCAAUAUAAACUUGAUCUUGUAACUAAAACGUGAUGCUAUGCAAUAGUUAUUUCUCCAUCAGUGCUUAUAGUAGCUAAGGAGACUCCACUCUGAUAUAUCAGUCUGACGGCCAACAUCCAGUUAAGCUUCAGUUUGGUAGUACGUUUCUAUUUUGUUUAGUACGUGUAUGGUCAGCCAAAAAAUAUAUGUAGCAAAGUUCUAUUCAUUACUGUUUGUUUGAGUAAAUGGUUAUUAAUGUUAGUUUUUUAGCUAAAACUUGUGUGUCAUAUGUAGAUUUUCUCAGUUUCCAUGAGUAAUCAUUUAAUUACAAUGGUCAAUGUUCUUUUAAUUUUUCUUUCUAAUUGCUAUAAAAAAUUUUAAGGGACUUGCAGGUUCUUAUUUUUUUAGUGUGGAGCUUUUAUGAGAGAAUGUUGAAGAGCAUUUCAAGCCAGAUUUAUAAAUAUAGUAAGCUAUUCUAUUCAUGAUAUAUUUUUGUAAUAAAAUGAUGCACAUGACAUAAGAGGAAGUAAUGGUCUGUUGUUUGUUUAAUUUCUCUUCUGGAAAAAUACUGUAAAUAAAGAAAAUGUACUAAAUACAAAAAGGUUUAAAAUCUCUUUUAGCGUUUUAACUAGGUUUCUAAAGAAUUCAAUUUAUUUCUUGUAUUAUGUUGAAAUAAAACUUGUGCCGUCAUAUUUGUUCAAUCGUUUUGAUUUAUUGGUCAUUUGUGCUUUAGUUUUCUUUGAACCUUGUAUAUGAAAUCUUUUUAAAGUUAAUAUGUAAAUGUAUUUUUAUAUACUAUGAUUUUACUUCAUCAAUAUUUCUUCCAAUACAAAAUGUAGCUGUUUGUAUAUUUUACUUUAGAAAGAUUAAUUUUAAAUAGUUUUAUUAAAAAUGGUAAAAAAAUCACAACUUAAAGGACAAGAAUAACAUGAAUGCUCCAGAUGUAACAAAUUGUAUAAAAAGGUUUUCAUAAUUUUAAUCUUGUAUAUCUACUAUUAUUUUUUUACAUAAUUUAUGUUGUGUGCAUGUAUUUGGUUAAAUAAUGAAUAAAACAUUGUUUAAAAUCUAUUUGUUUUUCAAAUACAUGAGGUUCGCACGAAAGUGUUCAAAUUUGUGAGCUGGUGCAAAAUCUUGAUUAUAAGCUAAUAUGUAUAUAACACCUCAAAAUGCCUUGAAUUUACAAGAAAUUUUCUGCAAAUAAUAUAAGUAAGUUAGUUUUUAAAAUGACGUUUUAAAAAUGAAGUUAUUAUGUUAAAAAGUUUAAAUUUAAUGUAUUUACCUCAAAAUGAACAUUAACAUUAAUUUAAUUCUUGGCAAUUAAUACAAACUGUAUCAAUCCAAACCCAUAGUAAUCCAAAUCCCGCACUACACCAAACAACCUUCAACCGUAAUUAGUCUGUAUUUUUAGGUCAUAACCUGAAAGCCUGCACGAGUCACUGGGUUUCUGAUAUUUUAUAAAUAUGUACUCAGUAAACUGAACAUUUUAAUAAUCUGAACGUCUCUUGCAAACAAAUAUUUGGAUUAACGCAGGCUUUACCAGUUUUGCAACAGUUCAAAGAUCUGAACAUUUUCGUGGCUUACAGGCUGAAGUUAAAAUCUAAGAUUCUUGAUACAUGAAAUGACCAAAGUUAUUCUUUAAUUCAAUCUUGAUUCAUGUUAUAGUUUUACUCAAAUUGUUACUUGUUUUAUAUGUGAGCAGGAAUUAAUUAUAUAUUAAAUUUA